AUGCUCUACCGUUUUCGCGAGGCCCAGGCCAUUCAACUUGGUUUAGUAAAACCAAAAGAACGACGGCCUUAUCUUGCAUCUGAUUGUAAUAGCCUAAAAGAUGCGGAAAAAUGGCGUCAACAGAUAAUUAGGGAAAUUUCAAGAAAAGUUUCAAAAAUUCAGGACGCUGGUCUUUCGGAUUAUCAAAUUCGAGAUCUGAAUGAUGAAAUUAAUAAAUUAAUGAGAGAAAAGGGACAUUGGGAAGAUCAAAUCAAAAAACUUGGUGGUCCAGAUUAUAGAAGAGUUGGUCCAAAAAUGUUGGAUUAUGAAGGUAAAGAAGUCCCUGGUAACCGAGAUUUACCGGGCGUAAGAGAAUUAUUUGAGCAAGAAGCUCCUACACCACAAAAACGUACAAGAUCUGACCUAUAUAAGAAUGUUGAUGCUGACUAUUAUGGGUACAGAGACGAAGAAGAUGGAUUACUGCUCGAAUAUGAACGAGAACAGGAGCUUAAAAGUAACUCUUAUAUUACUGCAAUUUUACGGAAAAAAUUGACAAAUAAACUGA